AUGCCCUGGAGGCUCGCUGGCCACUGCUUGGGAGAAAUAUCGAGGCACUGGUUGUACCAUUCGUGCGAGGUUUGCACCAAGCAAGCCCAGGACGAACUUCCGAGUUGCUACGGACUCAAGAAUCCUUCGGCAACUACAUAUUGCAGGUCAGUUUAUGACGGCUGUGAAUGCUAUGUGAUGAAGGGAGAAAACAUCAAGACGUGCGCCAACUAUGAGAGCACGUACGUGUACUGGAAAUGCUGCAAUGGCUACUAUGAGUGCAAGCCGUGCGAAGACGCGAACAAGGAUUGCAGCCAGAUGGAUCCCUGUGCACCGCCGAAGAACGAGACCGCGACGAAGAAGUGA